AUGUCUAUUCAAAUGGCUUCUCGCUCUAUCUUCCGCCUCACCUCUCUCCGAAACGCGUUCCAGCCAGUGCCCUGGAGUCGGGCUGGUCAUCGCAGUAUAGCAUCAGAAGCACGAAAGGAGUUUCUUUGUAUUGUUCCCGACAAGCCCAAUUCUAUUGAGAUACGGAAACAGGUUCGACCGAAACACCUCGAAGCAGCGAAAGGACUUGUAGCAUCUGGAAAACUUGUCGUAGGCGGGGCUAUGCUUGAGUCUCAUCCCAUGGAGGGACAGUCGAUGUCGUUCAAGGGUAGUAUGCUCAUUUAUACCGGACGCAGCUUGGAAGAUGUCCAGGAGAUGAUGAUGAGUGAUGUGGUGGACCCGAGCCUCGGGUCGCGGAACCGACAAAAGUCCUAUAAAUGCGCUGCCGGAACAGAAUUAAAUCCAGGCAAGGAUACGUAUCGGAAUCUGAAAGAAACGGGAGAAUGUGUCCUCAACACGGUUUCGGAGAACAUGAUCGUGGCCGUGAAUGUGGCGUCGAUCGAUGCGCCGUAUGGGGUGUCGGAAUGGGACAUAUUAGGCCUUUAUAAGGCGCCCACCACGACCGUCAAACCAGCCAGGGUCCAGGAUCUGUGUUCUCGAUCGAGGGCAAAGUGGUCGACAUCAAGGAAUUCACCGAUCAUGUACAACCCGGCAUGA